AAGUAGCCAGACAACCGUUAAUAUAAUAGAGCAGAUUAUCAACAACAAAAGGGCAAAUAAAAACAAGCCAAUUAUUUUUCAGCACUUUUUGGUUGCAACAUUUUUGUCAAGAAUGUUCAUAUAACAUUUUUUUGUGACAAAAUCAAUGUUACAUAAUUUUCAGUUUAAAGGGCCAACAGUUGUCGUUAAUCGUUAUCGUUGCCGUUGUCGUUGAUAGUUGUCGUUGUUGUCGUUGCCGUUCUCAUUGACACUGUUGUUGUGCUUUCAUCGAGGCUGUCAUUGUAAUCGCCGUCGUUGUUUUUAUCGGAGCUGUGGUUACGUUGCCGUCAUAAGCACCUAAACCGAGAUUUAAAUAUUAAAUGUUUAAACCAAUGAAAAGAACUGUAACGAGUGUAUGUACAGUCCCCAAUAUUUUUUCUUUUCAACACUAGCUAAUGACAUUCAUAAGAUAUGAUAUCAUAGGAACAUUAACUUUACAUUCAAUAACCAUCCAAACCGCAUAUCCGUUAUCAAAACAAAUAAAUAUCCUCAACAUCCGCAACAGGAUAUUAUCCAGUGGAAAUACUUCCCUCUAAAGUAUCCACACCGGCACGAAACGAUGUUUUAAUACCGAUUCAUUAUUAAAGACAAUGACAAAGCCACCAGCACGUUACCAGUCUUCUUUUGCGUUAGUUGAAAACAACACUUUUUGUGAUGGCUUUUAGAGAGGAAAUUGUUUAACCACUGAGAGAUAAACCCCUGUAUAGUCCAAAUUUUGAUGCAAAGAUUAUUAGACUGUUGGAUGAGCAAAUCAAAUGUGCGUCACAAAGAAUGUGACGGACUUAGUGUUUAGAUGUUGGACAGGCGGCUUAAUAACAGACAGUAGUUACCAUUAGACUCUAUGUUACUGUCUCGUUUAUCAAUUCAGUAAAAAGAAAUAUAAACAAAAAUGGCGUACAGACCAAAAGGAUUUGGACUUUCCGCAGAAUUAGCACGAAAGAAGGAGAGAAAGUUUGACCCGGAUUUAGCGUCUGAUUGCGCAGAAUGGAUUCGCGUAGUUUUAGAUGACGGUGGAUAUGAAGAAGAAGCAAACUCGAUUAAUAUUGAUGUUGAAACACCAGCUGAUUUUAUUAAACCACUAAAAGAUGGUAUAAUAUUGUGCAAAGUUCUUAACGUCAUAAAGCCUGGAAGUGUAAAGAAAAUCAAUACAAGCAAAGCUGCUUUCAAAAUCAUGGAGAAUAUCGAGCAGUUUUUGAAUGGCUGUCAAAAUAUUGGAGUGAAGAAACUGGAUAUGUUUCAAUCUGUAGACCUGUACGAAGCUCAAAAUGUUCCACAGGUUGUUAAUGGAAUUGUGGCACUUGGUCGAAAAGCCCAAAGUUUGGGUUACGAUGGUGCUUCAUUGGGUCCAACUGAAUCUUCUAUAAACAAAAGAGAAUUUACACCGGAACAGCUUCGAGCCGGACAAGGCAUUAUCGGAUUACAAGCGGGAUCAAAUCGGGGAGCAUCACAAGCUGGAUUAAACUUCGGAAAAACGCGAGCUAUCAUUGAUUAGAUCUUCUCAUUUGCGACACUCUCUUUUCGAAUUAUGUUUGCGCGUGAUAAAAUAAACACAAUUUGAGAUGUGGAAAGAGAAUUGUACAUACAAAAAUUUACUGAAUUUUUUUGCAAAUAUAAUUUAUUUAUUACA